AUGACUUACAAGAUUGGCUACGUCGGCCUCGGUAACAUGGGUACAUUCAUCUUCCUCAACCUGGCGCGGCACGCUGCCGCCAAUAAGUGGCCGGAACCAUGCGCAUGGAACAUUGAUCAGUCACGGUACGACGAGAUCCGCGCCGAAUGCCACAACCUCGUGCUAUGCGGACAACUAGAGGAGGUGGUAAAACGCUCCAAUGUAGUGUUUACGUGCCUCCUCAAUGACCCCGUGGCCGAGGAGGUGUACGAAAAGCUCUUUGCGGCUGUGGGUGAGGGCAAGGUGGUGUUUGUGGAUCAGUCGAGUUUGAAGCCGAAGACAUCGAUGAAGCUCGAGGCGGCAGCGCACAAGGUCGGCGCAUCAUACCUUGGCUGCCCCGUUUUUGGUCGUCCAGACGCCGCCAAGUCGGCGCAGCUUGUUCAACUGAUGGGCGGCGAACCAGCAGCCAAGCAUUUUGUCAAGCCGCUCUUCGUUCCCGCCGUGGCCAAGCGUGUGGUCGAUGCAGGUGACGAGGUGGGGAAGGGUUCCGCGCUCAAGCUGCUGGGUAACAGCAUGAUUCUCGGGGUUGUGGAAAUGCUGGCCGAGACGUAUGCCCUCGCGGACGUGAUUGGGUUCGACCCAGAUGUGUACCAGGGCUUCAUUCGCGAUUUCUUCCCUCUCUACCCCUACCUGUCCUAUGGCGACAACAUCAGCAAGGGAGAGUUCAACGGUGUCGGGGGGUUCCGUCUCGAGGCAGGUUUGAAAGACGCGCGUAACGCCCUGACGCUUGGAGCCGACUUUGGCCAUCCAGUAAACCUCCCCACCAUUGCACUUGCUACCAAGCAUCUGGAGCGCGCCGAAGAGCUAUGCGGCAACGAUGUGGACUGGUCAGCUCUCGCUGUUGCGCUUCGUGAGGAUGCGGGUCUGAACCCUUUCCGUAAAGUGACUAGUUUUGAGUGA